GGCUCAGCUCUUCACUAGCCGGGAGCCAGGGAGAAAAACAGAGAGAAACCGGGGGUCCAAGCCGGGGCUCCUACUUCACCUCUAGGACAGACACGGGACCCCCUAACCUCCGUCCCCUGUAUCCAAACGCGCACCCGCGGCGUUGUGCGCUCUAGCCCAGCACACCCGCGCUCGGCAGGUCCUAGCCGAAGGCGAUGCGUGCAGCGAACCGGGCAGCUGGGCACGGGAGGCUGGAGUAGAGCACGGCGGGGAGGCGAGGAGGCUGCGGGGCAGGGGCGGAGGGAUACGCCGCCAGCCGAGGCCGUCUUCGUGCCACGCGACACCUGCUGCUGCCGCUGCGCCGCGAUGAGGCGCGUGGUCUCGCUGCUGCUGGGCGCCGCGCUCCUCUGCGGCCACGGAGCCUUCUGCCGCCGAGUGGUCAGCGGCCAGAAGUUGUGUUUUGCUGACUUCAAGCAUCUCUGCUACAAAAUGGCCUACUUCCACGACCUGUCCAGCCGAGUGAGCUUUCAGGAGGCACGCCUGGCUUGUGAGAGUGAGGCAGGAGUCCUCCUCAGCCUUGAGAAUGAGGCAGAGCAGAAGUUAAUAGAGAGUAUGUUGCAAAACCUGACUAAGCCUGGAACAGGGAUUUCUGAUGGUGAUUUCUGGAUAGGGCUUUGGAGAAAUGGAGAUGGGCACACAUCCGGUGCCUGCCCGGAUCUCUACCAGUGGUCUGAUGGGAGCAGUUCCCAGUACCGCAACUGGUACACAGAUGAACCUUCCUGUGGCAGUGAAAAGUGUGUGGUGAUGUAUCAUCAACCAACUGCCAAUCCUGGCCUUGGCGGUCCCUACCUUUACCAAUGGAAUGAUGACAGGUGCAACAUGAAGCACAAUUAUAUCUGCAAGUACGAACCAGAGAUUAAUCCAACAGCCCCUGUAGAAAAGCCUUAUCUUACAAAUCAACCAGGAGACACCCAUCAAAAUGUGGUUGUUACUGAAGCAGGCAUAAUUCCAAAUCUAAUUUAUGUUGUUAUACCAACAAUACCACUGCUCUUACUGAUACUGGUUGCCUUUGGAACCUGCUGUUUCCAGAUGCUACAUAAAAGUAAAGGAAGAACUAAAACUAGCCCAAACCAGUCCACACUAUGGAUUUCAAAGAGCACCAGAAAGGAAAGUGGCAUGGAAGUAUAGUAAUUCAUUGACUUGGCUCCAGAAAAGAAAAUAGAAUUUUAUAACUCUGGAUCUGUAUGGCAUCAGAACAUUAGCUUGGAAUGGCUUGAAAUCUCAAAGGAUCUGCAAGAUGAACUGUAAGCUUCCCCCUGAGGCAAAUAUUAAAAUGAUUUUGUAUGUUCAUUAUUUCAUUUACAAAAUAUGCUGUGCUAAUUAUGGAGGGAGACAUGCUUAUUUUGCUAGAGGACGCACCCAAAAUUCAAGUAAAUGGAAUGGACCGUGCACAUAAAAUUGCUAUCAACACAUAACGAGUAUGUGUGUUGGAAGCAAUUAUUUUUAUUUCUUUCACUUUUCAUAAGCUGUAAUCUAGUUAAUGUAAUGUAAAUUGUAUUGAAACUUACAGUGUGCAAAAAUAUUUUACCUUUGCGUGUUUGAUAAAAAUGAACUGUUCUAAUAUUUAUUUUUAUGGCGUUUCAUUUUUCAAUACAUGCUUUUUCGAUUAAAGAAAUUUAUCACUGUUGUCAACUGAAUUUACACACAUACAAAUAUAUUACCACAGAAAAAAAAAGUUCUAGAAAUAGUUCAUCUUCUUUCCAUUUCUCUGCUUUUGGUUGAACAAUGUUUAGGAAAUCUCUUCAGAAAUAAGAAGCUAUUUCAUUAAGCGUGGUAUAAAUCUCAAACAUUUUACUUAGAGGCAAGAAUUGUCUAAUUUCAAUUGCGUAAGACAUGUGCCUUACAAUUAUUUUAGUUUAAAAUUCAUCAGAUUUUGUAAUAAGAUACCUUUAUUAAUAGCUGUAUGAAUAGUAACGCAUUCAAUCUAAAACAACAAAAAAGUGGCAUACACAAUAUAAAUCAUAUGUCUUCACAUGUUGCCUAUAGGAUUACAAGUAGCUCUCUGAGGGUUCUGGAAUCAAUGUGGUCCCUCCCUUGCCCACAAAACAAAGAUGGUUGUUUGAGGUUUGGGAUUGACACUGGAGGCAGAUUGUUGCAGACAUUAUCUAAGGUAUCCCUAGCUGUAUUUAGCCUCUAUUUGAUUAUAAAGAGGUUUUACUGUUGGGACCAGAUAAAUGAAUGGUCACCAUCAGUGUGGAGCUAAGCACAGUACAGUGACAUUUAGGAAGGAAAAAAUGCUAUGUGUGAAAUGGGUUGGAGGUCAUCAGUGAUUACAUAUUUAUUGAUGAGGGUUGGCUCGAAAUAGAAAAUGGUGGCUUUCUGUCUUAUCUCUUCCUAGUUUCUACAAUGCUUAAGUCUUGUUCUCUCUUUCAGUCUUGUUCUUCUCGAGAGAGUUGUAACUACCUGGCCUUCAAAUGUCCCUGUGCUCCUUUUAACCAAAUAAAGAGAGUUCUUGUUUCUGAAGAAAGA